AUGAAAAUUGGAACAAAAUUAUUAAGUGAAAGAAGAUUAUUUUAUUCCCAAACCAUUUUUUAGUAAAUUUUUCGCACAAGAAGAGUGUGGUUUGCAGAAAAAUUGCUACAAAAGCCAUAAUAUAGAACAACGGAAGACGAAACCACACAUUAAAAAGUGAAGGGAAGCGUAGGACCACUAAUAACUAUAAUUAGAAAAAGUAGUACGGGAAAUAAAGAAGAAUUAGUGGUGGAGAUAUAAAAAUCAAAUCCCUUACGAUCAUAAUCACUGUUGGAAAUAAAAUCAUUACAUAAAUAUUUCAAUAUAUCUAUUUUUUAGAGAUGCCUAAAGCAAUGAUAAACCAUUAGUAAUCAAGAUAACCCUGAUGCUCAGGAAUCAAGCAUCAGAGAGGAAGUCAGAAAUGCAAAUAUUCAACAAUUUUGGAUUUAUGACUAGAUUGUACCAACGAUCUCGAAAUAUCUCUCCAGAUAUGCAAACAAACUUGUAUAAAAGUAUAGCGAUACCAAAUCGUUGGGAUCAACCGCUUGGAAUAAUCUGGCUUACUCAAAAGCAAGUCUUUGUGGCACCAUAUGCAUCAACAGUCAUAGAGAUAAAACAAUAAUUAAAAUAGAUUUUUUAAUGAAUGUACUUGCAGCAGAGUUGGAAUCAUCAGUCUCACUUAUUACCACUCUUCAAAUUCGUAUUCCCGAAGUUAAUCUUAAUUUUGUGGGUGAGGUUAUAAUGUUGGAUAAAUUGUAAUUACUGAUGCUAACAAAAUUACUAACUACAGCAUCGGCAGGAAAAUUAGGCAUUUGGCAAAGAAGAAAAUGGCAAUCGCUGACAAAUUAUAUCCUGGACGUGAAGAGCUUCAAAUUACAAUCUCAUUGUGAAUAUUUUAUGAACACCAUCAUAACUGGAAGUGCUACUUUGUCAUCCCUAAAGAAGAAGUUGCCAACAGAAUUUGGAAAGGAUACUGAUUGCAAUGCUAUUAUUGCCACCUUCAAAUUUAUGAGGAAUAUUCUUGAUACAUAUCGUCCAAGUAUGGAUAUUAUGUCAACACAGUCUUUUUGAUGUGUUAAGGCUGCAAAAAUUUUGAAAUAGCAUAAUAAUAUAGUCUCUUUGAUCCAGGAACCAUCACGAACCUUAUCAUUGAAAUUAACAUUAUAGAUGUGACAUAACUUGGUACUGACUUUGUUGUGACUUUUUGAUGUUGCAUUUAAUGUUUGCACUUACAAGAUUCUCCGCAAUGUUUAACUGCACCGCAAACCUCGUCAAAUUAGCAAAGACUUAGUACUCUCUUUAGAGCGUCAUCCAAACAAUCAGCAAAAAACAUUGAUAAUUUCUGACUCAGCUCAACCUUUCAGUACUUUCUGACAGUUAGAAAAAAGAAGCAGUCUGCAAGAAAAUGUGUUAAAUAUCUUUAAUUUAGGAAGGUGGGAUAAGUACUUUAGAUUUAUCAAUAAAGAUUUAAGCAUACUGAGAACAUUGUUUAAAAUUAAUGAAUAAAUAAAAAAAUAAAUAAUAGAAAAUUUUGGACAAUAUUUUCCUUUUAAUUUCAAUUAAAUUUGCAGUAAUCAAUAAUCAUUAAUCUUGACGUGAAAUAAUAACAUUUAUUUUUUCUAAUAAUAACAGUUAUUAUGUAACUUGUGAACCUUGACUAGAAAUUAGUUGAUAUAAACUUGUAUAAAUGCAAUCCAAAAAGUAUUGCAGUUUAUUGCUUCGUCUCGAAAACGUUAGUUUAAAGUUUAAUUUAAAGAUGAUUGCGUUAUCUUCUUUAAUUUUAACAAAAUGGUUAAUUUUGCCAAUAAUCCUUAUAUUUUUAACGACUUAUUGGAUGAAAUUAAAAUUUUCUUACUGGAAAAAACGAAAAGUGCCUCAUUUUAAACCAUCAUUUCCUUUUGGUAACGUAAAUAUUUUUAAUGGAACUCCAUCGAUAGGACAAAUUUAUAACGAUUUUUAUAAAAAAGCUAAAGCCCACGGAUUUAAAUACGCUGGUUAUUAUAUGAGUAUUGAGCCAGUUUUUGUAGCAAUUGACCCAGAAUGUAUUAAACAACUACUAAUUAAAGAUUUUCCGAGCUUUCACGCCAGAGGAUUUUAUCAUAACGAAAAGGAUCAACCUAUGAGUGCAAAUAUUUUCACGAUCGAUGGGCCGAAAUGGCGAACGUUAAGGUAUAAAUUUUCUCCGACAUUUACUUCCGGUAAAAUUAAAUAUAUGUAUGAAUUGGUUUUGAAUUGCGAGAAACAAUUAUCUGGGAUGAUUUCAAAACAUGCAAAAACAAAGAUGCCGAUUAAUAUGAAAGACAUAAUUAGUAGGUAUACUACAGAUACGAUUAGUUCUUGUGCUUUCGGAGUCGAUACGAAUUCUUUUGGUGAAAAUCCUGUAUUACAUAAAAACGCAACAACUUGUAUUGAAGAAAGUACCACGUUUUUACGAUUUGGAUGUUUAUAUGUUUUGCCGAAUAUUUGUCGGUUUUUUAAGAUGGGUUUAUUCGUUGAUAAAUAUUUAAAAUACUUCGAAGAUUUGAUAAUGGACACGUUUGAACAGAGGAAGAAAAAUUUGGUUUAUCGAACGGAUUUCUUGCAAAUGAUGAAAGAAAUGCAAGAUCAAAAAAUUCCAGAAUUCGACGUUACUUUAGAAGAGAUUAAAUCCCAAACGUUUAUAUUUUUCUUGGGGGGAUUUGAAACGUCAUCUACUGCGAUGACUUUUCUUUUCCUUGAAUUAGCAGAAAACCCCGAAAUUCAAGAAAAAUUAAGAGACGAAAUUAAUGAAGUUUCCGAAAAACACGGCGGAAUUACUUUCGAAGCUUUGCAAGAAAUGAAGUAUUUAAGUUGUGUUGUUGAUGAAACUCUUCGAAUGUAUCCACCUUUAACCGUUUUAAACAGACGCUGCGCUGAAGAUUACACACUUCCAAACGGAGAAAUUUUAGAAAAAGAUACCAAUAUUAUCAUUCCAAAUUUCGCUAUACAAAGAGAUCCCGAAUAUUAUCCUAAUCCGGAAAUGUUUGAUCCUGAUAGAUUUACCGAAGAAAACAAAGCUAAAAGACCUCCUUAUACUUAUCUUCCGUUUGGAGAUGGACCAAGAAAUUGCAUCGGCAGUAGAUUUGGUUUGAUCCAAAUGAAAGUCGCCGUCUCCCAUCUAGUUAAAAAAUUCAAAUUUAGUGUCAACAAAAAUAUGGAUACUACUCGUGAUUACUCCUCUCAUUUUGUUUUAACAUUAAAACAAGAUGUUAUUUUGGAUGUUGAAGAGAUUUCAUAACAUAAUUUUAAUUUUUAUUUUUACACUUGUACCUUCCUUUAUACUUCAAAAAUAAUAUAUUGCACAUAAAUUACAUUGAUGUUCCUUACUCCAUGAUAUUCCUGAAUUGUACUGGUAAUUUUUAAUACUUUAUCCACGCUAAAACAGUGUGGUUUUGUAGAAAAAAUUGCUACAAAGGCCAUAAUAAAGAACAAUGGAAGACGAAACCACAUCAUAAAAAGUGAAGGGAUGCGGAGGAGCUAUCACUAAAAAAUAUAAUUAGGAAGAAAGCACUAGAUCAAACGAAGAAGUAGUUUAAAUCGUAAAAAAACACGCAGGAAUUAGCUACCUUAAGCCUUAUACAAACUGAAAUGUUUAAAAUAAAUUUAUUAUGUCUUUGUUGUGAUGAAUAAAAAGUAAACCUUA